AUGGAGGAGGAAGUUUCUCUGAUCGAAACUGGAGCAAAAGAAGAGACUGAGGAUGCACAAAAGAACCUGCACAGCCGAGUCGAAGAGCUUAUAAGACUGAACGCUGCUCUGUCGGCUGAGAAUGACAUGUAUGAGCAGUUCAUCAGCCGUUUAGACCCUCAGGAACUGAUCUCUGCACAAGAACGGAAAUCAAACUCUGGGGGAAGAAGAUGGAGGUCAAAAUCCCAACCUGAACAACAACUAUCUUUACAACAAAAAUGCUAUGUGGCUCAAAGUGAACUAAUGGAGACAGAAAGAGAGCAGGAGAGGAGCAGACAGAAAUAUGAAAGAAUCCAUGACAGCUUCAAGGAUUCAAUGAAGGAGGCGGAAAUGCGUUUGGAAGACAUAAGGAAAGAGAAGGUUGAUGUUGAACGCAGGCUUCUCAAACCUCUGAGGGAAAACAGAUUGGACAUACACGACCCGGAGAAAGUGCUGCGGUUCAUCAAAGACAAGUCCAAGAUAAACCAAAUGGAGAAGUGCAGUUUGAAGACUCAGUCCCUGCGAGUUCAGGAGAAGAAGCUCCAGCAGCAGCUUCGACAGAGAACAGACCUGGGCAAGGCCGACCAUGAGGAGUUCCACCAACACUUGAACGAGGACCACAGUGAUAUGGAUUUAGAUGAAGUUCGAGCCGACAGUAUAAAAGCACAACAUGCACUGAGUUCUUACAAGGAGAAACUGCAAAGUGCCACAAGUGAAUUAUCAAAUCUACUCAAAGAGAUCAAGGGGAAGGAGAUAAAAGCGGCGCGGUUGGAGGCGCGCCUACAGAAAGCGGAGGAGGAGCGUUUAAAAGAACAGAUUCUUAAUGGCCACCUGGAGCGGCAGAUUUCAGAGUACGAGGCCCCUGGAACCACGGAGUACAUGCUGAUGAAGGAGAAGCACCGGAAACUGCAGCAAACUAUUCUCACGUGGGAGCGGAGAGCUGGGGUCGCUGAGAUGGCCUUGAAAUUCAGUCAAUCUUGGCCUAGACACAGCGCCACUUUUACUCCCGUGAACAGCGCCGAGACCAGAGCCGAGACCAGAGCCGAGGAGACCAGGGGAAGCACCAGGAGGAGACCAGGGGAAGCAUCAGGAGGAGACCAGGGGAAGCACCAGGAGGAGACCAGGGGAAGCUUCAGGAGGAGACCAGGGGAAGCACCAGGAGGAGACCAGGGGAAGCACCAGGAGGAGACCAGGGGAAGCUUCAGGAGGAGACCAGGGGAAGCACCAGGAGGAGACCAGGGGAAGCACCAGGAGGAGACCAGGGGAAGCACCAGGAGGAGACUAGGGGAAGCACCAGGAGGAGACCAGGGGAAGCUUCAGGAGGAUACCAGGGGAAGCUUCAGGAGGAGACCAGGGGAAGCACCAGGAGGAGACCAGGGGAAGCACCAGGAGGAGACCAGGGGAAGCUUCAGGAGGAGACCAGGGGAAGCACCAGGAGGAGACCAGGGGAAGCACCAGGAGGAGACCAGGGGAAGCACCAGGAGGAGACUAGGGGAAGCACCAGGAGGAGACCAGGGGAAGCACCAGGAGGAGACCAGGGGAAGCACCAGGAGGAGACCAGGGGAAGCCUCAGAAGAAGACCGGAAGCACCAGGAGGAGACCAGGGGAAGCACCAGGAGGAGACCAGGGGAAGCACCAGGAAGAGACCAGGGGAAGCACCAGGAGAUCAGGGGAAGCACCAGGAGGAGACCAGGGGAAGCACCAGGGGAAGCACCAGGACACCAGGGGAAGCACCAGGAGGAGACCAGGGGAAGCCUCAGGAGAAGACCAGGGGAAGCACCAGGAGGAGACCAGGGGAAGCACCAGGAGGAAACCAGGGGAAGCACCAGGAGGAGACCAGGGGAAGCCUCAGGAGGAGACCAGGGGAAGCACCAGGAGGAGACUAGGGGAAGCACCAGGAGGAGACCAGGGGAAGCACCAGGAGGAGACCAGGGGAAGCACCAGGAGGAGACCAGGGGAAGCACCAGGAGGAGACUAGGGGAAGCACCAGGAGGAGACCAGGGGAAGCACCAGGAGGAGACCAGGGGAAGCACCAGGAGGAGACCAGGGGAAGCCUCAGAAGAAGACCGGAAGCACCAGGAGGAGACCAGGGGAAGCACCAGGAGGAGACCAGGGGAAGCACCAGGAAGAGACCAGGGGAAGCACCAGGAGAUCAGGGGAAGCACCAGGAGGAGACCAGGGGAAGCACCAGGGGAAGCACCAGGACACCAGGGGAAGCACCAGGAGGAGACCAGGGGAAGCCUCAGGAGAAGACCAGGGGAAGCACCAGGAGGAAACCAGGGGAAGCACCAGGAGGAGACCAGGGGAAGCCUCAGGAGGAGACCAGGGGAAGCACCAGGAGGAGACUAG